CUUCCCUUCGUCAAAGCAAAAUCAUAUUAUGAUGGCUUCUCAUUCUUCUUCUUCACCAUUUCAAAACCAGUGUAACAAAACCCUCAUUAUAUAAAGCAAUUCAUACUCAUACAUAUAUACAUAUACAUAUACAUCUCUCUCUCUCUCUAUAUAUAUAUAUAUGCGCAUACAUAUGGAUGAAGAGGUGACUCUUGUUGCGAGAAAAUCAUGUUUCGGUCUCCCCACAGCUUGCCCUUCAUGUUUGCCUGUUUACAUUUACCUCAAAUUUGCUCAAUUUCCCUUCAAUUUGGCUUUCAAUCUUACCUACCCUGAUUCAGGCAAAUGCAAUUAGGCGAUGUCACAAGAAAAGGUGCAGAUGCAGUCCCCUUGCCUAUUUUUUGAAAUGCCCGAAUACAAGCACAAUGCAUUGCUUAUAGAUCAAAUUCCUUAUGUUGAGUCUGGUACUUAUGUGGCCUACAACAAUGAGAAGGGUGGGGUUAUUGAGAGCUUAAAAGAAGAUGGUAUUGUUGAUUUGGACUCCGAAGUUCAUUCUGUCCCUGAAUGGAUAUCCACAAAGGCAAUGGUUAAUUCAUGGCUUGCAGAUGCACUGAUGUAUGAACUACGGGUGGGCUCUGAUGGAAGUUCUGCACACAAGGUAUAUUAUUCUGACCUGCCUUGGCCAAUUGGAAAGUUUCUGUAUUUCAAGCAAGUUCGCAUUACAAAACAACUACUUGAAAUAACAAAGGAAAAUGCAGACCGAAGAGAAGAGGAGAUUUACAGGAGAGCAACAGUUGCUUAUGGAGCUCUAUCAACUAGGUUAGGGGAUCAGUCCUUUUUAUUUGAGAGCAGGCCAACGAGUUUGGAUGCAGUUUUCCUUGGGCAUGCACUUUUUGUACUUCACGCACUACCUGACACAUCAGUUCUGCGGAGCAAGCUUGUGGAGCAUUCUAAUCUAGUACAAUAUGCUGAUAAACUUAAGAUGGAGUUCAUAGACGGUGGUUCAUCCUCUUCUACUCCACCAUUCCCUGCAGAUCCAUCGUCAUCAUUUCAAAGACGGGGAGGUACUUCAAAUUGGUGUUCAAAACCCAAGAGCAAACCUAAGAAGGAAAAGACAGAGGAAGAGAGAAAAUUUAGAAGACGGGCCAAAUAUUUCUUGGUAACACAGCUGGUAGCAGUUUUAGUUUUCCUGUCACUUCUUGGUGGGUCAGAUGAUGCUGAAGUAGAGCUCGAUGACGAUGACAGUUUGAAUUACAAUGACUAAAUGAGAAUACAUUUAUGAGUUGAGCAUCUUUUUUUUUUUUUUUCCUUUCACAUGCGGGUUACCUUUCCUUGGCUGCAGGCCAUGGCCCAAGUGGAUUUUUUCCCUCCCAUUAUUUCAUGUUCAUUUUCCAUUGAAAUUUUGGAAAAAUUGCAUCCAUGUGUAGACAAUUAAUAUGAUUUGUGCAAUAGGUCAAAACUAUAUUUUUUGGCAGAAAUAAUUAGUUUAAUGUUGAAGAAAAUUCUUUUUGCCAUGGAUUGGCUGAGUGUGCAGUUUGUGAAUAA